UGCAAACGCACCUUACCCAAAGCAUGGUGCAUGGAGCAGGUCUGGCGCCACGUAAAGAGAAUCGAGGGGAGAGGACUUCCGUUCGGCUUCGCCGGGGAAAACAGAAAGCACAACCGGCACCGCGCGUAGGAAGGACAGCAGGGAAGCGCGAGACAUUCCACCGUUCGUUCGUACGGAAAGAACGUUGCCGGCUGAACCGACGGUUGCGUGCUGACGGCAAAGGAAGUUUUCACCGCCAGAAAGAAGGAUCCAAUUAUCUCAUCUACCACCUUCCAGUUCCGCCCCGUCCCGGUCGAACGCAACGUAACCAAUAAAAACUCACACAAACAUUCCGCCGACAUCGGUUCAAGGGAGCUGCUCGAAAGGGCUAGUAGGAAAAGGUAUCGAAUUGUAGUACACUCGCCGGCUCGCAUUACCACCGUCUCGAGUUACCAUCCGCCGGCGUAAAGACGCGCACAAGUCAAGCAAGACCAGAUAGACGGCAACGUCUAACAGCAGCGCGAGACCGUCUAUCGCGUGCCCGAUUCGUCGUCGGGUUGUGGUGGCCGCUCCGGCGGCAACAUUGCCACCACCAACCCUACUGAAACGUGGUCUGGUCGACUAGGUGACCGGCCACCCCAUUUCCGGUACGCAAGCCCCCGUAAGCGGAACGAUCGAUGACGACGACGAUGUCGCUGAACGAGAAACGCAUGUUUGAUCGCGAAACACUCCGAUCCGUCAUCCAGCAAUGGAACACGGUUCGGUUGGAUAUUUUUGCGCUCUCCGAGCCCAAUGAGAAUCUGGAGUUCCACGGUGUGAUGCGAUUUUACUUUCAGGACGAGGGCCAAAAGGUAGCAACAAAAUGUAUUCGUGUCGCUUCCGACGCCACCGUUUCCGACGUUAUCGAAACGUUGAUAGAAAAAUUCCGGCCCGAUAUGCGAAUGCUGUCCCUUCCGAACUACGCGCUGUACGUGGUCCAUGCGAACGGCGAGGAGCGGAAGCUGAACCCGGACGAGAAACCACUGCUCGUGCAGCUCAACUGGCACAACGACGACCGUGAGGGACGGUUUCUGUUGAAAAAUUGCGCCCAAAAGACAAAUACCCUCGACAGCAUCACCGACCAGCCCAGCUUUAAGCGGAAACUCUCAAAGCGGGAAAAGAAAGAGCAGAAGAAAAAGGAAAAGCUGAACAAACUGCAGUCGGGAGGCGGCGCGGGCGGACCGGAUUCGGAAAACCACGUCGCGGAGAAGCUGUAUACCGAGCUGCCGGAAACGUCCUUCACACGAUCCAUCUCUAAUCCGGAAGCGGUGAUGCGGCGACGCCGGCAGCAGAAGCUGGAGAAGAAACUGCAGCAGUUCCGGUCGAGGGACGGCGGACCGGACACCGGCGGGACGCUGAAGAUUUACGGCGAGAGUCUGUGCCGCGACGUGCCGUACAAAACGCUGCUCCUCUCGAUACGGGACUGCGCCCAGGCCGUCGUCCGGGAGAUGCUUUCCAAGUACGGCAUGGAUAAAGUGGAUCCGCUCCACUACUGUCUUGUGCAGGUUAACAGCGAUGGCUCGGAGUACAUUCUUGACGACGACGAGUGUCCACUCUCGAUUCUGAUGAAUCAUCCAACAUCGAGGGGUUCGAUAAUGUUUCACGUGCGUCGCCGACCGGCGGAUUCGCAGCCGCGCAGACGGAAAAAGAAACCGCUCGGCGUGGCGAACGGUGGCAACAAUAUCGGGGGCGACCGCGAGGGCCCGAUGCUGAUCGAGAUCACGCACAGCGGCGACGGUGGACGGCGGGUGAAGCUCGGCAGCGAACCGAUCGAGGUCGGGUCGGCCAACACCAACGCCCUGCAGCUGUUCGGCCCGUCCAUCCAGGCGCGCCACUGUCUCAUUUCGAUGCACGACGGCGUGUGCACCGUGACGCCGCUGCACGCCGACGGCACGACGUUCGUGAACGGCCACCACAUCCAGCAGCCGACGAUACUGCAUAACGGCUCGGUGGUCAUGUUCGGGCGGGUUGCGUCCUACCGGUUCGUCGACUCACCCUCGGAUGGACGCUACAAUCUGGCGCUGUCGCAAUCUCAGCUGGAUUCGGCUUGUUUGUACGAAAGCCGAUCACCGACCUCCCCGACGUCCUGGAACGAGGAAGAAAGUCGCCCCAUCAGCCCGAUCAGCUCCGUGCAAACGGUUCCACCCACCGUCGGAGGAAGUGCAGUUGGCAGUUUCCUCGACAAUGCUCCCCCGACCGGUGCGGAAGUUGGUCAAUCGGCGCAGCAACAGCAGCAGCAGCAGCACCAUCAGCAACAUUUAUUCGCGGCCGGCGUUUCCCAGCAACAACAACAGCAACAGCAUCAGCCACAUUCGCACAUGCACCGUCAUCAUCAUCCGAGCGGACUGCUCGUGACGGCGCUGGAUGGUCCCGACGCGGUCGAUGAGGCGGGAGGAGGUGGCUCCAAGAUGCACCCAACCGGGACGACGGAGCAUGGCGAGGGAGAUCUAGGUGCCGGACCCGGAGGACCGAACGGGGGUGGAGCUGGCAAUGGCGGUGAAACAGAAACGAAAUCCAUUUCCAGCUACAAGUCAAUCGGAUCAACCACGGACAGGACAAGCACAUUCCCGAAGCUGCAACCGUCGCACGCGGCCACAUCGAUCGCUGGUGAACCGGGCGGCCAGGAACCUAUCCUUCCGGCGGUGCUGGAGUUUCCGGAGCAAAACCAGGAGCCAUUCCUUCAGUCCGUCAUCAGCGAGCUGGAUGUGAACUCGCCCAACUUUAAGCUCGCGCCCGUCUACACGCUCUACCUGUGCGCCCGGUACCGCGCGUCGACGCACUACCGCCCCGAUCUGCAGCCAACCGAGCGGGCCCACAAGCUGACCGUGUUCCUGCAUCACGUGGCCAAUCUGAUCCAAAACGUCGUGCAGGAGCAGUACACGGACGCGAAGAUACUCUCCUUCUGGAUGGCGAACAGUUCCGAGUUUCUGCACUUCCUCAAAUCGGACCGCCACAUAUCGGCGUUCAGCGUGCAGGCCCAGGAGGUGCUGGCUGAGAGCGUGCAGACCGCGUUCCGCAAUCUCGUUUCGAUUUUUCACGUCGAGCUGUCGCAAACGCUGAACCAGUUCCUGUCGGAGAACAUCGAUCACGACUCGGCCGCCGGCCUGGUGCUGUCGGUGCUCGGCUCGGCCAUGGCCCUGCUGCGCCGGUGUCGCGUCAACGCGGCCCUCACCAUCCAGCUGUUCUCCCAGCUGUUUCACUACAUCAACGUGGUGUGCUUCAACAAGUUUGUAACGACCUCGCAUAUGUGCACCAGCGCGUGGGGGAAGGCGCUUAGCGAACGGUUGUCGCUGUUGGAGCUGUGGGCGGAAAAGCAAGGUCUCGAGCUGGCGGCCGACUGUCACCUGGCGAAGAUUAACCAGUGCGCCCAGUUCCUGCAAGCGCCCAAAACGUCCGUCCCGGAUGUGCAGCAGUUGGCGUGUUCCUGUUUCCGGCUGAACUCGCUCCAAAUGGCGGCACUCCUAUCGCAAGAGACGAUCCCACGGAACCUAAUCGAUACGGCCGUGCGGAUGGCCGAAUCGGUCGCGGACGAGCUGAGCCGCGCCGAUGGGCGCGAGAUACGGCUGGAGGAGUCACCGGAAUUGCCACUCGCGUUGCUCCUUCCCGACGACGGUUUCAGCUGCGAUGUGGUUCGCGGCAUUCCGGCCGGAUUGGUGGACUUUUUGAACCCCUUCCAGAUGGCCGGAUGGUGCCGGCUAGCCUCCCAGCCGACCAGCAUCGGCCUGUGGACGGUGUACAUGCAUCAGUUCAAUCAGGGUCGCUCGCCGAGCGUAAUGUCGAGCAAGCUUCCGCAGCCGGAAGUGCAAAUCAUCAAACUGCACAAGAACGCCAACGGGAUGGGGCUGUCGAUCGUGGCGGCGAAAGGGGCCGGUCAGGAACGGCUCGGUAUCUACAUCAAGUCGGUUGUUGGUGGCGGUGCGGCAGACAUCGACGGACGACUGCAGGCGGGUGAUCAGCUGCUCGAAGUGGACGGGCAGAGUCUGAUCGGUAUCACACAGGAGCGGGCGGCGGACCACCUCGUGCGCACCGGUCCGAUCGUUACGCUGAAAGUCGCGAAGCAAGGUGCCAUCUAUCACGGUUUAGCCACCCUUCUCCAGCAGCCAAGUCCCGUGAUCCAGCGCGGUGGUCGAAGAAUGUCCGAACGGGACAUGACUCGGGUCGGUACCAGCAGCGGUGACAUUAGUAAACCCCCCGUACCAUCACCAUCCACCGGGCAGCAGCUACUAAACAGCAAAUCCGUUCCCGCACUGCACCACGUUGGCAAUAUUGGUUCUUCCGCCAACAAAUCCCGCAGCAUACACAACCUUACUGGUGGCGGAGGCGUUGUAGGCGCCGCGGCAAACAACCAGGAUCAAGGAUUUUACCAAAACCUCAGCGUGUACCGGGCGCAAAAUCAAAGUCAUCCCAACCUGGGUGAAAGACCUCCAAUGCCCCUACAAACGUCGCUCAAUUCCCCCGGUCAGCAACAACAGCAUCAGCAGCAAUUGCUACAGCAACACCAACACCAGCUUCAGCAACAGCAACACCACCAGCAACAGCAGCACCCAAUUCUAAACCGUCCAGCGUCUGCCUAUUUUAAUAGCAAUAAUAGCAGUAACAGUACCAACCCGAGUAGUUUGUUAAUGGCAACACCAAACACUAUGUCGUACACGAUGCCUAAUCAACCGCCUAGUAGUAGUAAUAACGGUAAUCUAACGAACAUAUCGCAGAGUAAUGUUAACAACACGAUGAACAACCGUCUGGCGGGCGGCGGAGGGAUGGGGCCGAAGCAGCAGCAGCAGCAGCUGCCCAUGGCACCACCGUCGGCUGGAGGGAAUGUGAACGGUUUCAUGCGCGAUGUGCAGGCGCAGCAGAGUCUCCGCAUGAACCAAAUGAUGGCCCCAUCGAUGCCGAACAUUGCCCACUCGGUCGCUAGUGGAGGUGGUGGGUACCCGUCGGCCGUUGGAGGAAUUUCCGCCAGCCAGAGCAUGCAAAAUGUGAACAUGAUUCCGGGCGGCCCGGGAAGUCCCGCCGGUGGUGGUGGUGGUGGUGGUGGGUACAACUAUCAUGGCAGUGCAAACGGAAGUCCUAUGCUGUCGCCACAGAUGUACCCUCACGAUCAACAACAGUUGGCCGCACAGCAUCAUUCGUCGCUGUUGCGCGGGCAGGCGAAGCUUGCCGAAAUGAACGAACUGAUCAAACGUCGCCAGCAGCAGCAACAGCAACCGGUCGCUUACAAUACGGCGGCCACGGGAAACAAACCGCCGACAUCGCAGCAAGGCAUGAUGCCUCCUUCUACCGCCCCGAAGCCGAUGCGCUCGCAGGAAGAUCAACCUCCGCUACCGCCCGUGUCAACGCAUCCACUGUUCAAAGGGCAAGGGCAAUCCGGUCCGAACAAUGCCUACUCCAGCUCCGAACCACCGAAGGUAGGCUUCUACCCAACGAUGCCAACGCAGAGCAAAACGCUCCCCCCGAUCGGCAGCAGCCCGUGGGAGCGCGAGGAAAAGGAGAAGGAAAGUGAACUGAGGCGUGAACAUGUGCGCGCCUGGCGGGACCAACAGAUCCUGGAGCUACAAUCGUUGCCCCAGCGAACCCCGAAACAGGAGGAACAGCUCCGCACGUUGAACCUGGAGCGUGACUUCGAGCGGCGCGCCAUGGAGGAAGAUCAAGACUACGACAACGAUCUACCGUACGGCGCGAAGGAGCAUGGCAGCGUGCAGGAGGUGGUCCGCUUGACACAACCGAACGCAGCGCCACUAACUGCGCCGAUGACGAAGCUUAAACAAGUCGACAUCAAGGCGCCCGACACGCUGUCCCUUGCGUCCAACAGUGAACACUCGUCGACGGUUUCGUCCGUGUCCACGACGAUCGCCAACUUCCAGCAGCAACAGCAGACAUCCACCACCGGAGGAAGUGGACAGCCAUUGAUUCAGCCGAAAAGUAUCCUUAAACACAACACCAACAGCAGUACGCCUUCGUCGCCGUCGAAGGGUGCGGCCAAGACGGCCAGCUUUGCGCACGACGGAACCAACGCACCCUCCGCUCGGUCGCAACUGAACCUGAGCGAAAUUACGGCCAACAACACGAACGCCAACCAGAUGAUGUCGCAGAUGGUGCACGAUAUGAACCAGUUGAAUCUGGCCACCGCCUUGAUGGGUGAGGAUCGGGAGAACAGUGAGUACGGUCAUCCGAUGAUGGUUCAUGAACAACAGCAGCAGCAGCAACAACAACAGCAACAGCAGCAGCAAAUGUUGAUGAACGGUGGAUACAUGACCGACGCGAAUGGUGGAGCAGUUCCCCCGCCACCACCUCCGGAGCGAAACAGCUCCUAUGUGAUUAUGUCUCAGCAGCAGCAGAAACUUCGCACUAGCACCGGUCCGGCGUCAAGCGGAAAGUUACCCUAUGGGGUGCCGACAAGCAGUGCCAACAGUCCCGCCCUGGUGGACCAGCAGCAGAAUAUGCUGAACAACAACCCCGCCACCACCAACACGUCGACGAUGGGCGGUACGAUGGGAGGACGAUACGGCAACAACAAUCUCCUUAUGACGGCCCCCAACAACAUGAACAAUAACAUUAGUAACCAGCUUGUUGGAAGCAACCCGGCGACACCCACUGCGGCCAGCGGUAUUGUGGCAGGCGCCAGUUCCUCAGCGCUGCUUGCUGCCGCAGCUAGCAACAACAACUACAAGGACAAUAAGCGUGUCUCGUUCCACGAUGAGGAUGCGGGAAACAAUAAUAACAACAACCCAGCUGGCCCCGCGGGAUAUACGCAAGCAGGUCACCUGAUCGGUGGAAGUGUCGGCGGAAGUGGCAGUGACACGACCGGGCAACCCGGUGAACUCGGUACCAUCCACGAGCGUCCGGAUCCGGAUCGUUUCAUCGACGAAACCAUGCCGGCCAUGCUGCACACCCCGACGACACCGGAGGGCGAAAACUGGAACAUGCAAAUUCAAGCGACACCCGGCGUUAUUGGCGCCCAAGAAGUUUAUCGUGACCCCCGGACACGCCGUUUGGCCGAGCAGCAGCAGAAACAGAAGAGCGAACCCGUGCCGGAGAAGUUGUCGUUCAAGGAGAAGAUGAAAAUGUUUGCCCUCGAAUCGGGCGAAAACAAUACGCCGAAGGACAAGCUGAAAAUCUCCCGCGCCCAAAGGGAUAUCGAUGCGGUUCACUAACGCAAAAGUGAAGCGGACGGUUUUUAUUUUAGUUUUAUGUGUAUUUUUCGUGUAGAGCUACAUUCUUAGGACCCGAUGCUGCGAUGAAAACUCAAAACACCACUCCCUGACCGGAAUCCCCGCUCCUGCGUACGUCGAAUUAGGUCGUACAAAACCGCACUAGAAGCUGACUCUGGGCUGCUGCACCGGAUCGAGGUGAAUAGAUUUAUAUCAUCGACAGGAUCUUGGCUCUGGACAGGUGUUUAAAAUGUAGAUAGACGAAAUCUCCUAGAUAACUUAGCGUAGUACUACAAUACAACAUACACCGAUUAUGCUCUUCGGUCGCUCGAGCUAAAUUACGACGAAUAGCGAACCACGAUAAUAAUGAUCACACUGAACAACAGAUCGUUGCGAUUGAUACGAACCCAAUGGACCAACAAUGUUACUAACAGAAGAGAUAUAAGAGAGCAGCUUAGAGAAUUGUUUUUGUUUUUAUAUGACUAUAUAUCUCUAUAUGAACAGUUUAUAAAUAUGUCCUCACUCCAUCCCUCCCUCUAUCUCUCUCUGUAUGUAUACUAAAUGAAGGCAACCUAUAGUCAACUGAGGAAUUAUAUUUAUCUGUAAGAGAACAAACAAAAAGAAACAAAAGUAACGCAAGUUGAGAGCAAAUCAUAAUAAUUCGAAAGUCAACGGUAUCGAAAUGUUAAAUGAUGAGAUAUAAUAAUAGAUAUGUAAGAUAAAAAACAAAACUAAGACGA